AUGGCUGUCAUUGAUGCUGAUAAAUUACGUAUUGAAAUUCAGUUGAUAUUGAAAGAUGCGGAUUUAAAUACUUUAUCAUCGAAAAAAGUUAGACAAAUGUUGGAAAGAUUAUUCGAUUGUGAUUUUACCGAAAGAAAAAAAGAAAUUGACGAUAUUCUAAUGGCAGAAAUAACUCGCGAAAAUGAUCAAAAACAUCAAGAUCAUCAAGACACUAACAAUAAUCAUCCUUCAUCUACAACAACAUCUGAAGAUGAUGAGGAAAUGUCAAAAACUUCGCCAUCUUCAUCGAAAAACUUAAAACCUAAAAAAAAAUCACAGAAAAAAGUAUCCUCACCCUCAAAUCUAAUAAGGGAUAAUAUCAAUGGAAACGACAAUGGACAAUUUACAAUAAAUUCAACAAAAUCCGAUGAAGAAUUAGCAAUGGAAAUACAUCAGCAAGAAAACAGACCAAGUUUAAGACAUAAAAGGCAGUCAAAGCCGAUAAAGAAGAACAAAUCUGAUAGAAAAGAUCAAACACCGUCCGCACCAAGUGAAAAACGUAGAACUAUUUUUCAUAAAGAAUUAGACUUGACAGAUGAAUUAGCUAGUAUUGUUGGUGGUAAUCAGAUGCCACGAUCUGAAGUAGUAAAAAGAAUGUGGGCAUAUUUUAAACAACAUAAUCUAAUGGAUGAAAAGAAUAAACAAUAUGUUAAUUGUGAUGAAAAAUUAUCAAAAUUAUUUGGUCGUAAACGUGUUCGCGCAUUUGGAAUGUUAAAAGAUCUCUCUCGGCAUAUGACCGAUCCAGAUAAAGAAUUUUGA